CGGAACUGCGCCUAAAUCGCUCGAGAAGAAGGUAAAACUUUUCGUUCUCUUUCGAAGGUCGUUCGUGAUCUCUUGAUCGCCGAAUCAAUCGCCGGAAGCGCAGCUUCGGAGGGAGGGAGGGAGGGAGGGAGGGGCGGGGAGUCAUCGGAGGAUCGGCCCUCGGGAAGGAGAAGUGCGGCCCGUCGGGUUCGCGCUCCGAGAUUCACAUCCUUCUCCUGCAGGCCUGUGUUUUCUGGAAGUACAUCGGAUCCUAGGUUCUGCCCGAUUUAUUAUUGAUCCGUCCAUUUGAUGUGGGACAAUGUGAUGGAUAAGAGGCAUAGCUGGCAAUGCCUAAUGGACAUGGGAGGAGAAAUAGUGUUAUUGAAAAGUUUGCAUAUGGGAGAAAUACUACAUUAUCAAGGAGAUUAGUAGAUCGGAUCAAUAGCCACACGUGUCCAAAAGAUCUUCAACCACUUGGACUUGCCCCAUCGGGUUCUGAACUAAGGGUUCCUUUAUACACAGUCCUCUUUGUCAGUACUGAUGCGUUCAGGAAGGCAUCAAAUUUUCCUUCCUUUUUGACAGACACUACUGUUCACAGAAAACUUGAUUUAGCUUCCCCCUCUAAUAUGGAUGGCCACAGGCCAUCAUCUCCAAGACUGUUAAUAGUUGAUCUUCAGGCUGCAAAUACAGAAUUUUCAAGGUCUAUUUCCUCUUGCAUUUCCAGUGAAGCAAGUAGUUCAGGCCUAAGCACGAAGAACUUGUCCAGUUCUCUAACCAGUUCAAGUACUCUUUCUUGCCGCUUUACAUCGGGUAACUCUUCCACUUCAAUAUGUGAUAACACAAAUGAAGUUGGUUCAGACUUCAUGGUUAAUGACUUUCCAAAGGUGGAUAAGAGAGUUAAAAGAAAUUCAAGAAGAAAAGGCAAAAAGAAGGGGAAGCAGUAUAAACGAGUUGCAUCUAGGAAGGUUUCAAUCGAGUCAAGUGUUCAAUGCAAUGGAAACAUUUAUAGUGCUUCUGCUUCUGAAACAUCCACCCCUAGUUCUAUUUAUUCUUCAAAGAAACAUCUCUCAGAUAAUAAUUUGUCGGAUGAGGCCACACCACAUAAUUUAUUGGGAAGUGGCAUUAUUCUAGAUAAGGAUAAUAAUGAGUUUGUAAUCUGUCCCAAUUUGUCAUCAUGUACAUCAUACAGCCCUGAGAUGGAUGAUACUGAAAUAGUACCUUCACCUGAAAGAUUUGCGGGUGACGAAAUAGGUUGCGACACCACCACUUCUCUUAAUUCAUCCUGUAUAACUGAUGAUGCAGAAGCAGUACUUCCUUUUACCUCUGAUGGGAGCACAAGAGAAGAUCAUUGUAAAGAAAACAACAUUCGUGAUGGUAAUCCCUCAAGCAUUCCAAUUAGUAAAACUUUGAAAUGUUGGAAUAGUGACAUCGAUGAGAACUCAAGUGAUGAUGCUUUAAUGCAAUUACCUUUGAAAGAGGAACUUAGACCAAGUUCUUCAGAGAGCAAAAUAGUUUCACCUUUUGAAGAGAUUGCUUGUGGCACCUUGACUGACAAUACAACUGCAGGUUUAUGUGAUUUGGAUGCAGGUUUAUGUGAUUUGGAUGCUGAAAUAUCAAAAGAUUGUUAUAGAAAUGACACAUAUUUGCCCAAUGACGAUCUUGAUACUUGUAACUGUACUGAAAGAGCUGAUUGCAGCAACCAGGCUGGCUGUAGCAAUGGCUUCCAUGUAGUUGUAUCGGGGAGACGAGGUAGAAGAGCUAGAAGAGCUAUCAAUAAUAGUGGUUUGAAUGGAGGUAAUAGAUCUAUUGAUGCAAAUAUACAUAAUCAUGGGGGCAAAGAUAACUAUUGCUCUAUGUGGCAGAAGGUUCAGAAGUUUGAAAAGGGCUGUUCUAAGCCUAAUAGUGUCAAUGUUUUGUCUCCACACAAAGAUAUAUCAACAAAGGAUAAUAGGAUGAAAACAAAAGGCAACAAAUUCAUUGGGCCAAGGCAACAACAAAGUGGACUAACCUACAAAUACCCUUGUUCAGAUGCAAAUUCUACAAUAGAGGGAACCCAAGUUGUUUCUAGAGGGUCUAAGACAGCUAAAAUUCUUCCAAAGUCCACAGUUGGAAAUUCUGGUAAUGGUGUAAAAAGCAAAUCUACUUCAAUUGUCAAACAUGCAAAGCAUAGUCAUUGGAGUGGACCUUACACUGCUAGAACCGACUCACCCAAUGUCCAAAAGCAUCAUUUCCAGCCAAAAGAAGGCCCACAGAAGGCACCACUUGUACAUCUUAACAACCAAAAUAAUUCAGAAGUAAAGUCACCACGUAAUAAAUUUUCUGGAAGAAGUUUAUCUAACUUGACAGAUAGUGAUCUGCCAGAAAUAGAGAAGGAAAUGCAGUUUCGCAUGGAGGAGGAAAAAGAGUCAGAAAAUGUAUGUGAUGGAGUGUUUCAUAGUGAAUUCAGCUAUAUUCCGACCACAUCAAAUCAGUUUAGUGUAGGGCACAUUCAAGCUAGUUCUGGAAGUGAUACCAAAUUGUUCUCCAGGGACACACUAGGUCCCUCCAAUGCAAGUACUGAAGGCCAAGAAUUCGGAAAGCUUGAUUUUGGUGGUCACAAAGAAUCAAACAAUUUGAGCACCAUUAGAACUCCAAUGCAGAAGUGGGUCCCAGUGGGGAGGAGAGAUUCAUCUGUUUCAGAUGCGGGCACUUUAGACUGCAUAAAGAUUUUGGUCAACAAUAAGGAACUUCAUCACCCUGAAGUUGUUGAAAUGGAUGAUUUAGUACCAAAUAGUUCACCAUCAUUGGGUAAGGCUAUAGAGUUCUCAUAUCCUAGAGCUACUGAAUCGACUAACAACUUGAAUUGCAACCAUCAUUCAACUGAAGUUCUUGAUUCAUUUGCUGGGAUUGAUUGUCAAACACCUGAGAUGAAAGACAAGAAAUUUCUUGGAUCUGAAACUGAUUUAGAAAAGAUAAUAAUAGCUGUCAAUGAUGCCUGUAAAUUGCAAACUGCAGUAGAAGACACUCAACUAAUGACUGGUAGUAUGGUCGCUGACUUUGAAAAUUUUCUUUUUUCUGCUUCACCGGUUAUUAGACAAUCAGAACCUGGCAGAACUUGCAAUAGUUGUAAGAAAGAACAACGGAUAUCUGGUUCUUUAUGCUGGCACCAUUUUUCUGACAUCUCCUUAGAGAAGAUUUGGCAGUGGUAUGAAGAACCUGGUUGCUUUGGGUUGGAAGUGAAAGCACAUGAAAAUUGCAAUUCUAGAAGGCUGCAAAAUAGUGAUGUGGAAUUUACAACCUAUUUUGUGCCUUAUCUCUCUGCUGUGCAACUAUUUACUAUGUCUAUGGGUAGCAUAAAUCGUGAUCUAAAUUCUCAAGUGGAUAACACAGAGAAUUCUUCUCAUUCUUUUGGUUCUCUUCCAAUAUUUUCCAUGUUACUGCCAAAACCAUGUGACAAUGCAGAUAUAUCCUUGUCAGAGUUGUCAUCCUCUGAAGAUUUCUCUGAUAAAAUUCAGGAUCAGGAGGAACUCAUAUUUGAAUAUUUUGAAUCUGACCAACCUCCUAGGCGUCAGCCAUUAUUUGAGAAGAUCAAAGAAUUGGUGACUCUGGGUAAGUUAUCUGAUAGACGCGUAUUUGGAGAUCCAUUAAAGCUGGAAUCUACUAAGCUGCAAGAUCUUCAUCCUGCUUCUUGGUACUCUGUUGCAUGGUACCCUAUAUAUCGUAUACCUGAAGCAAAUUUUCGUGCUUCUUUUUUAACUUAUCACUCGCUUGGAAAUUUUGUUUGUCGAAGUAAUCCAGAAUGUGUUUCUGAUGCUUCUAAUACUCUGAUUUCUCCAGUUGUAGGUCUCCAGACAUAUAAUGAUAAGGGAGAGAAUUGGUUUCAACCAAGGGACAUGGGCCCAAAUUUUAGGUCUGAGUUCAAUAUCUCAGGAUUGAUAAAAGAGAGAUUGAGGACACUGAAGAAAACUGCAUCCGUGAUGUCUAAGACUGCAGUAGCAAAAGGCAAUAAUAGAUCUGUGAACCAGCACCCAGACUACGAUUUUUUCGUAUCACGGAGUUGAUAGAGGGUCAAGGUAGUAGUCUUUGAUAGUCCUGCAACAACGGUAGAGAAAGUUAACACAUGUUUUCUUUUGUAAGUUUUUCUUCCUUCAUCCAACUUGGGCAGGUUCUUGGCUUGCUUUUGUUCUUCAGUCUUCGGUAAGAAUUGCAUUUUAGUUA